UGCGUGCCUAUUGAGCCCAAGUACCCUCAUUGGAAGGACCCCAGCUGCCUCACCGCCAUCGUGUUUGCCAGUCUUGGUGGUCUCCUUACUAUCCUCAUCCUCGUCGUCUUCAUUGUAUAUCGCAACACCGCGGUAGUGAAGGCAUCCACACGGGAAUUAAUGUGGCUCAUCCUCGUUGCUAUGCUAUUUGCUCAUGCAUUUACUGUCCUCGUCUUGUUUCGCCCCUCCACCGUCACCUGCGCCCUCCAACGCACCCUACCUGGUCUCGCGUUCACUGCCAUCUACGCAGCUCUGGUGACCAAGACCAACCGAAUUGCACGCAUUAUGGAGGGCUCAAGGCGGAUCCUGGUGAAGAAACAACGCUUCCUCUCCACUCCAGCUCAGUUAUUUAUCACUGGAUGUCUAAUUACAGGUGGCGAGAGUUGAGAUUAGGGAAGCACGAAAGGGUCAGAAGGUUUGAAGUAUUAAAGAGGGCUGUAAUCAAAGUUAUUUAA